CUCCUCAAUUCAGUUUCUGAAUUUGCCGUAGUUUUUAUUCCUUUUCUCUAGAAAUCGCGUUUUUAGCCUCUUAAGGCAAAAUUGUUGAGUAAUUAUGGCUGGAAAAGGCGAGGGUCCGGCGAUCGGAAUCGAUUUGGGAACGACUUACUCUUGCGUCGGCGUUUGGCAGCACGAUCGUGUUGAAAUCAUUGCCAAUGACCAGGGUAACAGAACUACCCCUUCCUACGUGGCUUUCACUGACACAGAACGCUUGAUCGGCGAUGCGGCAAAGAACCAGGUCGCUAUGAACCCAAUCAACACUGUUUUUGAUGCUAAGCGUUUGAUUGGAAGACGUUAUAGCGAUGCUUCGGUGCAAAGUGACAUGAAAUUAUGGCCGUUCAAGGUGGUUGCUGGUCCUGGCGACAAGCCUAUGAUUGUGGUGACUUACAAGGGGGAGGAGAAGCAGUUUUCUGCGGAGGAGAUAUCUUCCAUGGUUCUUAUGAAGAUGAAGGAGAUUGCGGAGGCGUAUUUAGGUUCCACGGUGAAGAAUGCCGUGGUCACCGUGCCUGCUUAUUUCAACGAUUCUCAGCGUCAAGCUACGAAGGACGCUGGUGUCAUUUCUGGUCUCAACGUGAUGCGAAUUAUCAACGAGCCUACCGCGGCUGCAAUUGCUUACGGGCUAGACAAAAAGGCUAGUAGCUCCGGUGAAAAGAACGUUCUCAUUUUCGACCUUGGUGGUGGGACUUUUGAUGUUUCGCUUCUUACCAUUGAAGAAGGUAUUUUCGAGGUGAAAGCCACCGCUGGUGAUACUCACUUGGGAGGUGAAGAUUUUGACAACAGAAUGGUCAACCAUUUUGUUCAGGAAUUCAAGCGGAAAAACAAGAAGGAUAUUAGUGGAAAUGCCAGGGCUCUCAGGAGGUUGAGAACUGCAUGCGAGAGGGCAAAGAGGACUCUUUCCUCUACCGCUCAAACCACCAUUGAGAUUGACUCUUUGUAUGAGGGUAUUGACUUCUACACAACUAUCACCCGUGCUCGGUUUGAGGAGCUUAACAUGGAUCUAUUCAGGAAGUGUAUGGAGCCUGUGGAGAAAUGUUUGAGAGAUGCGAAGAUGGAUAAGAGUAGUGUCCAUGAUGUUGUUCUUGUGGGUGGAUCUACUAGGAUCCCCAAGGUUCAACAGCUAUUGCAAGACUUCUUCAAUGGAAAGGAGCUUUGUAAGAGCAUCAACCCUGAUGAAGCUGUUGCCUAUGGUGCUGCUGUGCAGGCUGCUAUUCUCAGCGGCGAGGGUAAUGAGAAGGUGCAAGAUCUUCUAUUGCUGGAUGUUACGCCUCUCUCCCUUGGUUUGGAGACUGCAGGAGGAGUCAUGACUGUGUUGAUUCCCAGAAACACAACCAUUCCAACCAAGAAGGAGCAGGUGUUUUCAACCUACUCCGACAACCAACCUGGUGUGUUGAUUCAGGUCUACGAGGGUGAACGUACGAGGACUCGUGAUAACAAUUUGCUUGGCAAGUUUGAGUUGUCUGGUAUUCCUCCAGCCCCUAGGGGUGUUCCUCAGAUCAAUGUUUGCUUCGAUAUUGACGCCAAUGGUAUUUUGAAUGUGUCUGCCGAAGACAAGACCACUGGACAGAAGAACAAGAUUACAAUUACCAAUGACAAGGGUAGACUGUCUAAGGAGGAGAUUGAGAAGAUGGUGCAGGAAGCUGAGAAGUACAAAGCUGAGGACGAGGAGCACAAGAAGAAAGUGGAGGCCAAGAAUGCUCUGGAGAAUUAUGCCUAUAACAUGAGGAACACAAUAAAAGACGACAAGAUUGCUUCCAAGCUGCCUGCAGAUGACAAGAAGAAAAUUGAAGAUGCAAUUGAGCAGGCUAUCCAAUGGCUCGAUGGAAACCAGCUUGCGGAGGCGGACGAGUUUGAGGACAAGAUGAAGGAGUUGGAGAGCAUUUGCAACCCCAUCAUAGCUAAAAUGUACCAAGGUGCUGGUGGGGACGCGGGUGGAGCCAUGGAUGAGGAUGCUCCUUCCGCUGCCGGUGGAAGCGGUGCUGGGCCCAAAAUUGAGGAAGUCGAUUAAGCUAAACGUUAGUCAUGGGUCAUGGGUGUUUCUUGAUUUUUCCAAGACCCUUUCGGAUAGUCACAUGUCGUGCCUUCAUGUUUUUAAUUGGGAUUGUUAAGUGUACUUUUCUCUCCGUAUUUUCAAUGUACUUUACCCCCCUUUUCAACGUGAAUUAUAAAAGAAGUAGUUUGCUCAUAUCAUAUGGUUUAUCGAUAUCGUUUCCAUAUUGCUUAAUGUUUACAAUUACUAUUACCAUUCCGUUAACUGUGCUUCAAAGUUCAAAACAUGGCUCGCCAAGUUUUGGCUUUGCAUCAUCCCGCAAUAAACAGUCUUCUAUUUUUUGUCAACGCAUAAAGCAGUCAUUUGAUUGACGCUUUUUCUGGUGGUCUUUUUUCUUUGGUUGGUCUACAAGCAGUCUAUUGAUAAAUGGAUCACUGAUUAUAACAAAUGGGGUGUAGGCCCAAAAUAAGCUGGGCAUGCUAAUAGUUUGAAACUCUUG